AUGAAGGUCGCCGUGUUGGACCUCGGGUCUCUCUUUUCCAAAAUCUUCAAGACCUCGACUGCGACCCCGGCGUCCCCGGCGGUGCCCUCCCCGGCUGUGAACUCCAGCAAAUUGGAAGGCGCUGCCAGCGCGGGGCCGGCGGGCACAGCGCUGAGCACGGCCCCCACCCUGCGCCUCCUCCCCGCCUUGGCGCCCGACUCCCCCUGCACCCCGCGGGGGGCGCCCGCCGCGCCCCACCCUCCGCUCACCGCCUCCUACCCCAGGCCCCAGAGCAAGCAAAGUCCAGUCCCCGCCGCAGGACCUGCCCAGGACCUGCCCCAGGACCUGCCCCAGGACCUGCCCCAGGACCUGCCCCGGGCCCCGUCUGGCGGUGGCCGCAGAGCCCAGAGCUCCCCGGAGCUUCUGGGGGCGGGGGCGCGGUCGACCCCGGUCCCCGGCGGGGUCUGGGCGGCGCUGCCAUCCAUCCGGGGCGCAGUGGGUAGCAGCAGUUCAGCCUGGAGCCCACGGAACCCCCGCCAGCGUGGCCCCGGAGACCCAGAGCCCAGCGCUUGGAUGCCCCCCGGGCCGGGCCCCAGGACCCUCUUCUCCACCCUGCCGGGCAUCGGCGAGGAGUGGGCCUCGGACAGCGACUCGGAGGAGGCCGGACACGCGAGAGGACUGUCAGAAGGAUCUGGGAAACACAAUUUUUCUGUAAAAAGCAAAGAUCCUUUACCUACACACUUUACAAGUAAUGUGCAGAAAGCCAUUGAUAAAUAUACCUGUGAGUCCGUGUCACCGUUUUCAUCCAGUGGAAGCCCCACACCCACAGAAGCCCACAGCUCUUGGUCCAGGUCUGGGACGCAGAGUUCGAACUCGACCACGGGUGUAUCUACCGAAAGGAGCUCCAUUUGCUCAUGGAGAGAUGAAGAGUUUGACAAAGCCAGUGCACAGAAAGUACAGCAGCUAUUCUGGGAGGUCGAGGAGAUGUUAUUCGAAGGGAAAGUGAGCCCACAGACCCAGAACCUCAUGGCUGAGUGCAGCGAGUGGGCGAGACGAUCCAUCCAUCUGAGAGUAUUAGGAAGACAGGUCAUCCUGCCGACCGAUGAAGGGGUCCGCCACUUCCAGGGCAGCGAGCCUCGCUCUGCAGGUCACAAAUGCUCCCCGGAUGCCCAUCAACGCAGCAGCAACAUCAGGCAGUUGUGCAUUUCCGGCUCUCAAAUACUCCCAGCAGCACUUGCAGCCCAGGCCCUGCCAGGUCCCGACUGCACAGAGGUGGCCAACCUAGCCGCAUGUUCAUCCCUGCAGGAAGAGGUCUAUGAUGUGGAUGGAAAAAUCGAAGAAUAUUUCGCUUUUGACAGAAAAGAAGAUGACGAUGAACAUCUGGAACAGAAAUCAGCUCACCACUGUGGGAUGCAGAGCAAGCACGGACUUCCUCCCAUUUCCCCUCAUGACUGUAUCAAAAAUGCUGUGGCUGCAGAAGUGUUUGAUCAUAUCUGGACAAAUGUGGUAGAAAUACUGGAAGAGCUGAUUAGAAAAAACUGGGAAGUUACACUCACAGGAAGAAGAAAACAGAAAGAAAAAUUGAAAGUCGCUGAGGCUAAAUCUCCGCAGGGACUCAUUUCCCAUAUUAACACUGGUCUAAUGAGUGUUCCCCUGUCCAGAAGUUCUGAAACUCAAAGCAUCUCCCUGGCUUCUCAUCUUAAUCCCCUCCAGAUCCAUCGCUUCUCCAACAAUUUGUAUAGUGAUUUGAAUGGUGUGAUGACAAUUCAAGCAAAACCGCUUCAGCAGAGACCGACCCAUUUUGCCGACAGGACACAGAAUGAACAAGAGGACAAAUCACUGAGUGUGGGGGCUAGUGCCCUUUCUGCGACCCGCCACCGUCUGGGACGAAUCUCAGACUCCUGCCGACUACAGACUCCUGCAAAGAAAACACCGAUACACAGGAGGCUGCCUUCUCUCACUUCGGACUCACAGAGAAUGAAAACCCCCAAUGUGGACAGUGAGGAGGUGCUUAGGGGAACAAGACUGCAAACUGGCCUGGACCUCAUGUCCUCCCCACCCGUCCACACCGCACGGAGCAGGUUACCCCCCAUCGGCCCCGAGCCCGCCGAGCAGAAGGUGGCAGUUCCUGGAUCUCGCCCUGUCUCUUGCAGAGGAAGGCAUGCACAAAGCCGUGUUCUAAGUGCAAUACCCGAUAGUGUAGAACGAUCACCUCUUCGAGAAAGAUCUCUGACUAUGGAACAGUUUUCAAGGCCCAGCACAACCCAUACGUUCCGGUCAGAUACCCCUCGAAAAGGUUCAUUGACUCUGAUGGAGUUUGCUGGUCACACCUGGGCAGGUCAAGGUUUGCUGACAGGUUCGAAGUAUCCACCCAAGUCUUUCCAGAGGACAGCUCUGACUUUAAGAAAGAGAUUCCAAGUGGCAUCUUGAUGUUGCUGCCCCAGAAUUGCAGCCUUUGCUGGGCCACCCAGAGCCUCCGCGACCACUUGUCACUUGAAAAACAGAAGAACAAGUAUUAUCUUAUGUGUCUGUUGGCCCGGCAGUCUGCGAUAUAGGGCUGUCGGAGAGAAACGCACACAGAUAAACAACUUAAUUGGGAACACUUUGUCUUGUAAACACAAUACAAGUCAAGGUCAUCAGUCUUCAUCAUUGGAAGCAUUCCAAUAUGGAUCCUUUAGGCUUUGCUCAGAGGAACCUCUGUUUAUAAUUCUUCCUUUUAUCCACUAUACACCCACACAUAAUUAGUGUACGAAUUCAUACACUACUUAAUAUACAUAGUAAUAUGCCAUUUUGUAACUUUGUGUCUUGACAUGUUUUUUGUGUCUCAUUCCAUGAUUAAUUCCAUCCAAAUCCUAAUCACAAACAGAUAUUAUUUCCUUCCUGAGAAAAUAGCAGAGGCAUCUGGGGUACCAAGUGCCCGUGUAAGAUGGGGCUGUGCUGGUCAGGGUGCUGACUUUCUCAUUCCCUUUUAAAAGGCAGUUUCGUCAUGAACCUCUUUGAGGAACGUCAGUGGUGACGUCUCCCAAGCCCAUUUUGCUUGACUAGUUUUCAUGUUCAAGUUCAGGUGGUCUUUUCAGAAGUAUCCCCAGUUUAUUGAUUUUUAAAAUCAAGUGAUUGAUUUUAAUUAUGAAUAUAAACAUAAUUAAAAUACAUUGCAUGUGGUUUCAUCGUUAUUGUUCACAACUGAAGUGUUCCUCCCUUGGACAGAAGGCUUCGAGCAGCAUCUUCCCCUUCUCCUCACCACCUGAGCGUCCUCAGAUGUCACCUCGGGGCAUGGAGCCUUCCCGAUCCCUCUGUCUAAAGCAGCAGCUCCCUCUGCUCUCUGUC